AAAAGAAGCCUUGUUGCUCCUUGCUUCCUAUGAUCAACAACCCCUACCCUAUACGGCUACAACCAAGUACCAACACCUCGAAACGUCAGGACUCUAGUCUGUGGCCAGCCUCCCCUUCCCAAGAAAUGCAUUUAGAAUUCUAGCAUAUAGCCACCAAUUCAGGCCUCUGCUGAGAACAAACCCAGAUUCCUCACCAAGCACCAAACACAAUGGCUUUCAGAAGCUCCUGCUAUCCUCACUCUUCUUCCCCCAUGGCCGCCGCUCCAAGAUUCGGCGCAAGGAAGCCAGCGGUAGCCUUGAGCUUCAGCGCCUGCGCAGCAGCAGCCCAUGGCUGCAACCCAUCACCAUCGAACCUCUCCUUUGCUGCAGCAACCAGCAACAAGGUGUUUGAGGACCAGAUGAGAGGGAUCGUGUGCUACAGGGAUGACAAAGGGGAGCUCGUCUGUGAGGGCUACGACGAAGGCCCGAGGCUCGGAAUGCGGUUGCCGGAGAAGGCCUGCUUCCCAUGGCCUGUGGGAGUUCAGGUCACCGAUUUCAUCCACCUGGCAACUCUCCAGGUCUUCGAAGACGAUGCCAACAUUCGUUCUUCAACGCGAGGAUGAUCUGAAGAGGCAGCUCUGAGAUGAUCAAGGGAACAAGUAAGAAGAGCAAUAAUUGGAAUAAUUGGGAGCACAUCAUGUGUGCCAACUGCCCACUGCCGUGCUUAACUAGCAUUAAUACUACUCUAUUCUGUAAAUAACUUGCUUUAUCCUCCAAAGUACUUAUGGUUUCCUUGUAUGUAUAGCAUACAGUACUCAGUGAUCGCUUUAUACAGGAACAGUUCUAAAAGGGUGAGAUCUUGAUACUACUUCUGUCAAUGGAGAAAAGAGCAAAAGAGAUCUGAAUAUCUGAUCAUUGCAACAAACUCA